AUGUCGGAUUCAAAUAUCCGUUGGGCUUCUCCCGACGACUGGGAGAGGCACCGCGCCAUCAUCACAGAGCUUUACGAAAACCGAAAUGUAAAGCUCACAGAUGUCAUAAAGAUAAUGGAGGAGAAACACUGCUUCUUUGCCACCGCGCGAAUGUACAAAACGCGCUUCAACAAAUGGGGUUUGCAGAAGACACUGAGGUUCCAGCAAGUGAGCGAGCUCCUCCGGCAGAACACAGGCCGAGCCGCAGUAGGCAAAGAAUCAGUGCGACUUAUACGAGGCAAACCGGUGGAUGAUAAGCGGCUGAAGAAAUAUCUCCGCAGCCUUCCUGCGGACAAACACAGUCAGUUGGCCGAGUUCGUGCAUGGUCAAUCGGAGUUCAUGGCACGACCUUCAUCUCCGCGCGGCUCGGUCGUAUCAUGCCGGACGCCAUCGCCGAGUCCUUCAAUGUCGGACCUCUUCCCUCUAAAAUCACCAGACUACCUUCACAUACCCGAGGUAUGCAUUAGUACGAUGCGCCGAUAUGUUAAUGGUGCACUCGCCUCUGGAUUAUGGACCCUAGAUCCUUCUGAGGUUGUGCGAGCUGGUCCUCUGUUCGCCUUUUGGAAUCUUGGGAGAACUGGUAAAAGGAUGCUGAAAAACGGUCAGACAAAACAAGCCUUUCAAGUGCUACAUAACUGCUUUCACGAAUGCAAAGCAUUGCUCCAGGCACAAAGCCCACUGCUUUUCCUCUGGACCUACGUGGUUGCUCUCAAUUUUGCCGAUGGUUACCCCGACCUAUAUUUCUCGUUUAUGAGAUAUGUCACAGAUCUCUCGCGAAUAAUGUUCGAGGAUAAUCAUCCGUUACCGGUACUGUUCGGCAGCAUAUACACGAUGGGCCCGGUAGAUGCCAAGCAGAACGUACAUGCUCUUGCUCAAGCGUAUAUGGAUCUCUGCCAGCUUCGGCCGGAUAGUAUCGCUAUGCUUGACGUGGAGGGCUUCCUUGGUCUUAAUUUCAGCGAAAUGAAGCUGCAAAGCCUAGAUGUGACCGAAAACACCUUUCGUAGUAUGCUGGCUAGGCUAGAGCCUCAUCGAAACGUCGAUAUUAUGGAAGCAAUAUGGGUUGAUGCACGGGACGACUUGGCACUCAAUUUGGAGAAACAGGGUCGAUACGAUGAAGCAACCGAGAUGCUAAAAGGGUCACUUCAAUCGCGCAUUCUUCCCAAGUACCCAUUAUUACAAGCAUCAGCAUAUCGGAGUCUAUUCCUUAUUGCAAAGGAAACAGGGAGCCAGGAGGAAGCACUUCGUGCUGGUCACACUAUGGUCAAAUUUGGAAGUGAACGAUGGGGACUAAGUGACAAUAAGACCAUUCCACUCAUAACGGAUUUUGUUGCUUACCUGCGAACGAUCGAAAUGACCGAAACAGCCGAUGAAAUCGACAAGGAUUUUGACGCAGCUAUGGAUGACCUCGUCAGACAAAUCGAUGUAUUUGAUUUGGGCAUCUGA